UGCUCUUCUUCUUCUUUCUUCCCGCUGCAGCCACCCGAGGAAAAAAAAAAAAGGGAAACCCAGCCAUGCCUUGAGGAAACCGGUAGGAAGCUUGGUUUUCUCCUUCUUUUCUUGCUCUAGAACACUUCGAGAACCCAGAAAUCUCUCCCCCUUUGCUGGAAAUUCUAGAUCUGCCUUGCUCUGCUAGUCUUCACCGUCGGCUGCUAGUGGGUAUGGGUGAUUUCUGGGCAUUUUUUCUGUAAGAACAGCCCCUAAUUUCCUUUGUUCUUGCUUGAAUUGGCUUGGGUUAACUUUGAUUGCUCUUAUUUCCUUCAAUUUUUGGGUAGCCCGUGAGCUUUCUUCUUCCAUGCCGCCGGCCUUUCCCCAAUCUGCAGCUCCGGUUUUAGCUAGAGAAUUAUGUAUUAAUUGCUUGAUGUGAUUUUUGGAGAGAAAAUCCCGUGAGAUUAGCUAGUGUUUUGGCCAAUUUGUGGAAGUGGAGUUACUGUUCACGUCGGGGUCACUGUUCAUCGGCACUGUUCAUCGGUUACUGUUCACACCCCGAGGGCCAACAUUUAACGGGAAUUUAAAUGAUUAGUUUGUGAUAUGAGAACGAAUUUGGAGAUGUCCAAUCAUGUGGAAAGUGAUAGAAAUAGCAUUGUGAUUAGUAAUGAUCCUAAUGAUGAUUUCAGCUUGAAUUUGUGAUAGUGGUAUUAAUUCUUGAAAUAUCUUGAUUAGGUUCUUGAUCGUCCUGUCAGUUUAGUACGUAAAUUGAGUGCUCGGUUUUAUGCGAGUGAGGUAAGUAAAUUUAUGGUAAUGCCCGUACAGUUUUAAAAGAAUGUUUUGAUUUGUUUUUGAAAUGGUGGCGGGACUAAACCCAUUUUACACAAGUAUGACUGAUUUGAAGUUCUGAAUUUUUAUGCUUUUCAUGAAAUUGAGCAUGCCUGCUUGGAAUUUAAUUGAUUGUCCCGAUGAUUUGAAAGUGAUUAGUGAAUUAUGAAUUUUCUGUUAACUUCUACCUGUUUUGUCUCCAAUACGGUCAUGUUAUCCUGUUGCCCGCUAGUGGGAGGUCAAACGCUAGCACAUGUCGACAUGUUCCUGAUAGAACCGGUUCAUUCCUGUAAUCCUGCUAGUGGGAGUUAAACACUAGCAAUUCCUGUUGCCUGCCAGUGGGAGGUUUAAACACUGGCCAUGACCUAUAGAGGAGACGUCUAUUUCGUUCCCGCACUGUAUCCGUUUUUCGUGAUUGUACUUGUUGGCAUGCUAUAAGUUUAAUAAGGGCACUCCAUAUUUACUUACUGAGUUUAUCUCAUAGUUUUUCCUUGUCCACCAUUUCAGGAAGUGAAACCGAGGACGGGGAAACCACAGGAAGUGACGAGUUAGAAGGCUAGCCAUUUCGAGAUUGACAUAGAUUUUAGAUAUGAAUCAUGAUCUUGUAUUUGGAGAUUUUAUUGAAGAUUUAUGAUAUCAGAGAGAUUUUAUAAUUUGAUCUUCAGAUUUUGAUGGUAUCAGAGUGUGAAUUUGAUAAGUUUCGAGUCUUGUGCAUUUGUGGGAUCCAUCUCACGAGUGCACGGCGUUUGUCGCGCCUCGAAUUUGGUUUUGGGGCGUGACAUAUUGUUCGCAGGUGUGAGCGCAGCUGCGUAAGGAAAUAAGCUCAUGUUGAGAUC